AUGGCGGUAGGAUGUAACAGCCUACCACCAGGGGCCUUAGCGGUAGGAAACAUCCCUACCGCCAAACAGGCUGGCGGUAGUUUGUACAACCCUACCGCCAAAGUGCCCGAUGAUAGGCGCGAGCACGAACUGUGUUUCAUAUUUAGAAGGAAUUUACGAAUUUUGCUGAUAAAAUUGGACAUCAAUUGGCUGCAAAUUAUGGAGCACCUCCCGGUAGAAGUUAUUGGCAACAUCCUUGCACAUCUUAGUGCUGCACGAGAUGUCAUGGUUUCCUCUGCGGUUUGCCGGAAGUGGCGGGAGGCCUGCAGGAAGCAUCUCCAUUCACUGUCCUUCAAUUCAGACGACUUUCCUCGGGACAUGACCACACGUCAACUGGAGAUCAUCAUCACACAGACUAUAUUUCAGACGAUGGGACUGCAAUGCCUCUCUAUUCACAUAGAUAACACACAUGAGUUCUCUGCAGCACCUGUGAUUGCAUGGCUAAUGUAUACCAGGGAGACGCUCCGGUGCCUGUAUUACAACAUCCAAACCAACCCUAAUGUAAACAUCCUGGAGAAGUGUGGGAGACAGAAGCUGGAGGUGUUGGAUUUGGACCAUAACACAAUCACCGGUGUUGAACCAAGCUACCAGAGGUUCACUUGUCUUAAAUCCCUUUAUUUGAGGCAUGUGAGCAUUUCUGCCCUGGAUUUGAGCCUUCUAGUUGCUGCUUGCCCCAAGAUCGAGUCACUAGCACUUGAUGUCCUUGAGAUUGUCACUUCUGAUUCGCAGUCUACAAUGGAAUUAACAAGUCAUACCUUGAAAAGCAUCUUCGUAAAAACAGUUGGCGUGGAUAAGAUCAUACUCGAUGCAGAUAAUCUGGAGGUCCUGCACCUGAAUGCUUUGAACCUUGAUCUGUUUGAGCUCUCUGGGAAGGGUACACUAAAGCAUCUCAAGAUUGAUGACGUGAGUGUUACACAUUUGGAUAUUGGGGAGAGUACAGAUCAUCUGGAGGUUGUGGAUGUGAGUAACUUUAUGAUAGUCUGGCCAAAGUUCUACAAUAUGAUAUCUAGAGCAUGCAACUUGCGGAUGCUACGUUUCUGGGGUGUUGCGUUUGAUGAUGAUGAUGAGAUUGUGGACUUGGAGACUGUUGCUGUUGCAUUUCCUCUUCUAAGGCAUCUUUCACUAAGUUAUGAAUUACGAGAUGGGCUACUGCAAGGAUUGUCACCACUGGAGAAUGUUUCGGUUCUGGAACUUGGUUGGACAGUAAUAAGUGAGCACUUUGGACCCUGGGUGUUUGGAAUGAUUGAAAGGUGUCCAAAUCUCAAGAAACUUGUCAUUCAUGGUGUUCUUUCUGAGGCAAAAACACGCGAAGAGCGCAAGAUGUUGGCAACCUUUACCUCUUUUAUUGUUUGUCUCAUGAGAAAGUAUGUGCAUGUGGAUGUGCAAUUUGAGUAUGAGUGA